AUGUCCCUCCGAUUUGCACCAGCGGCACUUGGGGUUCUCGUCGCAUUCACAUAUAUUGGUCUUGGCAUUGCGGGCAAAGUGGUAUUGAAGAACAUGUGGUUGAUCUUGUCCGCUCCGGAUACCUUGGAGCUACCAUCGGGGGCUUUACCCAUUCCUUGGUACAACCUUUUUGAUGCCUGGAAGGAGCUUGGAUAUAAGCAGUGUCGAGAGAAGUCUUUUGCGGGAAACAAUCUUGCCAGUCUCGAUGGAAACGAGAAUGGAAUCUAUCCCAUCUACUCGUCGAAUCCAAAUUCAGAGACGGCAUGGUCGAAGGCUCUUGGUGCUGCUGAGGUCUCUUCGGACAAUGACUUGAGCCAUACUAUCUUCUUCGCAUCGAAGACUUUCCCUAUAGGGGAGCGUUACCCAAACUUCGCGGACUUCACCGACGUUCGAGGCUUGCUUGCCGGUGUCAGGGUCGAGUCGAUGGACAGAGACAUUAACAAGAGCAUCCUGAAGAUCACGGAGGCGAUCUGUGAGACCGGCACGACAGAAGUCCUCGACGGCUUUCCCGACAUGGACAGGAAGCCGAGCAUCAUCUCGACAUCGGCCCAUGCCAUCACGAGACAAUGGGUAGAUGACAUUGCCAGAAUGCAUCCUGGAUGGAUGAUCAUCACCGAUCGUGGCGACACUUCAGACAACAUUAAUCGGAUAGAUGACGAAGGCAACGACCCCCGCAGAGUCAUCUUGAUCAUGACCUACAGGUCAUGGGCCAGAAAGACUCUGGUGACCAAAGAAGAGAAUGACAAAGUAACAUACUCCUCGUCCUUCACCUCGCAAAGCCGUGACUUUGAGGUCUUGAUCUGCGAUGAGGCUCGUCGUCUCAAGGAGCGAUCAACGGUAUCGUUCAAGGCCGUGUCUCUGAUCGCAGCGAGCAGAGUUCUACUCCUCACCGCCACGCCUUAUCUAAAUGAACCCAAGGAUUAUCUGGCACUUGCCGAAAUCAUUUGGACUUGCCGGCACCAAAUCCUCGACCAAGAGGAGCGAGACUUCCUUCUCGAGUCGGAGAAGAAGGGGUAUGGACAGUUCGCAAGUACCGUCAAAUCCUUCUGUCAAGAUGAGAACACUCACCGGACUCUGCGAAGUCUCGCUUCGAAGCCCGAGAUAGUGAAGGCUUUGAUUCACAACUCGACCGAGAAGCAGAGCUGGGAGGCUGGGUUCCAUCAUUUCAGCUCAGUUGCUAUCCUGCGCCGAUCAGCUAGCUCCGCAAUCUUCCGAAUGAAAGGCAAAGAACAUCCCGUCAGCUUGACAUCCGUUUUGCCUCGAUUGAGACCAUCGUCCGUCUCCAUUGACUUCGAGACGAAACUCAAGUCCAAAAUAGAAUACAGCAUGCUGUAUUUGUAUACUGAAUUGAUUUUGGAUCACGAGCAAUGGGUGAAGCAAAAUGGUCCCCAAAGCAAGAUUCUACCUCCGACUAGCAGCCAUUACUGGGGUCUGGAACAAGUUGCAAGCACAUCAACGUUGAAAAAAAUGAGACGAGCAAAGAUUAACCUUACCAACCUCAGCCCGCUGGUAAUGGAAAUUUAUGAUUCACGCCCAGUUACCGCCUACCAGCUCUUGUUUCUAGCCGUUCGGGGUAGCCCGCAGAUCCAAGAACUUCUUUCCCUUCUUUGCAACAAGGUCUUACGACCAGUGGAAGGCAACGGCAACAUGACGAAGGUGCUUGUCACUUUACAGAACCCAUUUUUUGGCAUUCUACACCGAGCAAGUGUUGAAACUUCUCAGAGUUCCUACCGCCGUUCGGAGCCAGGUUCAGUACAAGUGCUGUUACAGCCUUACACCUGCGGAAGAGAAGGGAUAAACUUGGACGGGCCUUGCCAAUUUGUGUUCGUUAUUGAGCCAGCCUACAGCGGUCCAAUUGAAGACCAGACCACCGCGAGAGUUCAUAGGGCAAGUAUCGAGCACUCGAUAACAGUCAUUCGGUGCUUUACCACGAACUCUUUCCAUGAGUACAAGCUCUACAAGCAGCUCAGAAAACGUCGAUGGACCCUGCGGAACCCGAUAGUAAUCGGCAAGUGGUUCCUAUCAACAGGUAGCAGAACGUGUUGCCGCAUCGCCAAUGCGGAGACUGUCGUCAAGCAACAGUCCCCGUCAGUUUGCUUUACACCUCCACCACCAAUUACCCCCCCACCCUCCCCUGGCCAUUUUAUUUCAUGUUACAUCCUGCACUAUGAAAUCAACACAGUGAAUACGCCCAUGACACGUUAA